AUGAGACUGUCUAGCUUCUUGCCCGGUCAGUCGGGACUGCGGGGCAUCAUCUGCGGCCUGCUUCUCGCCCCGACGGCGUUUGCCGCGCCCGUGGACUCGUCAAGCCCGUCCUUCAUCCUCGACCAGAGCAAGACGGCCCUCACCUUCAAUUACUCCACGCCAGCCCCCGAUGCUAAGAACUGGGUUGGUCUGUUUGCCUACUCCAAUGGCCCUGAAUACGAUAAGAAGCGCGGAAACCCCAUUACGUGGGAGUACACCACCGCCGGUCAGGGGUCCGUGCAGCUCUCGGUGCCGAACCUGAAGCCUGGGACUUACACCGCGUACUUUCUCGCCAAGGAUGGUUAUGUCAAGAUUACCGAGCAGAUUGACCUGCGAUUUGAGGGUUUUGGGCCCGUCAAGUUUAUCGUCCAGGAGUUCACUACGCAUAAUGCUCGCGUGGGCGACAAGUUUGAAGCGAGCAUCCGCGGCCUGGUGGGAGUUUCGCCCGAUGCCAACAACACCUUUCGAUUGGCUUCAUCGGACAAGGGAGACUGGACUUCCGUAUCGGCCGACGGCAUCAUCUCUGGUACACCCGGACGCCAAGGUACCGCUGUCGUAACCGUUGAAGCGACGGGGAGCGACGGAUCCAAGGCGCAGCUCACCGUCAGAGUACCGGUUCGAUCAAAAACCUCUCAGCUGGUCGAGAAACUGACCGUGCUCUCCUUUAACCUUUGGCACGGCGGCACCCAAGUCAACGACUACCACAACAAGCAAAUUCGCUUCCUGACCGCGAGUGGCGCAGACGUCGUGGGCGUCCAGGAGAGCCAGAGAGGCAAUGUUCAUCGCCUUGCCUACGCGCUUGGCUGGUACUUUUGGGAAACACGAGGCAUUGGUAUCAUCAGUCGCUAUCCCAUCACGCAGCAGUACCCAGACACCUCGGCGGCUGGCUCGGUCCGCAUUUCCCUGGAUGGGGACAAGAGCGAGGUUGUGAUGUGGAACACGCAUCUCGGAUAUGAUCCUUACGGCCCUUAUGACUUUUGCUUCUCCAACAUGACUCGGGAUCAAGUCCUGAAGCGCGAAGAGGAAUCCGGGCGGACACCCCAGAUGAAAGAGAUUGUGGCCGGCAUGAAGGAGGAGCUCGGCAACACCGAUAAGGUUCCUCUGCUGCUGACCGGAGACUUCAACGCCCCUUCCCAUCUUGACUGGAUAGAUGCUACGCGUGAGGCUCACUGCAACGUCGGAAGCUUCCCGUGGCCUUCUUCCGUGCUGCCUACUGAGGCGGGCCUCCUUGACUCCUACAGGAAGGACCAUCGCUAUCCGCAGAAGGACCCGGGAAUCACCUGGUCCCCCAUCUACAAGGAUAACGGAGGUCGUCCGGAACCGAUGGACAGAAUAGACUUCAUCUACUACAAGGGGGGUCUGCACGUGGAGAGCUCGGAGGUGGUCCUCGUCGGGAAGCCGCAAGAGGAGCCAAACCAUAAGGACAACGAGUGGACAUCGGACCAUGCCGCUGUGAAGACUGUCUUCAAGAUCACCAAGAAGUAG